AAUGACGCGUCCUCAUCCUCGGAUCCAGGACAGCAGGCGGACCCGGGCUAGGGAGGGGAUGCUGGCUCCCAAAUUUUCGCAGAUUUAGUCUAUUCAGCAAACACGAGACCAGUGAAUACUCAUGUGAUACGUUAAGGUAGACAGAAAGGGUAUUAAUAGCAUUCCGUUUCCAGCUGCUUCACUGACUACCUCCAGGAAAUAUGGAAAUCUUUGGAAAUGCACUGCUCUUAGAGGUUUUUCCACCUCAGGAAGUCGGAAGAGAAACUAUAGCUCAUCUACUUUAAAUGGAGGAGCGACUUUAGGUUUCAGGUUACGAUUGCCCGCUUUUGUCUAACACGGUCUCACGGAUUCGCGUCUAAUUUGAGAUUUGUGUGUAUACGUUGCGCAAAAAAGUCAAUACAUUAGAACUACCUCGCAGGUACUGGUCUAGUUGUUGAAACGGGUUUUAUUAUUUAUAUUUAAUUCUACUCGUUUUAAGUUUACACACGUAUUUUACUGUUUACGUUUUUUAUCGAAAAAGUUAACUUGUACUUGUAAUUAACAUGUCGAGAAAGCACUAGAUAAACGAUUUUAAGAACUACAGACGGCCUACUUCUAAACAUGAGAUCGUCAUUAGCCCCGGGCAUCAAAUUGGCUACCUCUUUCUCCAGAGACAGCUGGUACAGAGGCUUCAUUCUUGUUCUUACUUUCCUGUUCUACACAGCCUACCACCUCUCCCGCAAGCCUAUCAGUAUUGUCAAGAGUCAACUGCACCAAAAUUGCUCGUUUGUAGUUAAACCAGCAGACCUCAAUGUCACAGACAAUGUCACCUGGUGCGACUGGGCUCCUUUCGAUCAAGACAAUUACCAGAACUUGUUCGGAAUCCUGGACAACUGCUUUCUCGUGGCCUAUGCCAUUGGCAUGUUCUUCAGCGGAAUGUUUGGCGAGCGGCUGCCCCUGCGUUACUAUCUCACAGCCGGGAUGCUCUCCAGUGGCCUGUUUACUGCCCUGUUCGGCCUGGGGUUCUACUGGAACAUACACUCCUUGUGGUACUACUGUUUUAUGCAGGCUAUGAACGGCCUUGUGCAGACGACAGGCUGGCCGGCCGUGGUGGCCUGUGUUGGGAACUGGUUUGGAAAGGGGAAGCGAGGGUUCAUCAUGGGGGUGUGGAAUUCGCACACCUCGGUCGGGAACAUCUUGGGCUCUCUGAUCGCUGGUGCCUUUGUCUCGUCCGCAUGGGGCAUGUCCUUCAUCGUACCUGGCAUUAUCAUCGGCACCACGGGGGUCAUCUGCUUCUUCUUUCUCGUGGAGAGGCCGGAAGACGUGAACUGCAGCCUACCCCAACACCAUGAGAGCUCGGAGCGUGAGCCUCUGCUGGGGAACUCGCCAAGCAGCGAGGAGAUCUUCAGUAACCACACCUCGGUGCAGGCUACAGAGGAGCACGCUGAGGCCAUCAGCUUCUGGGGAGCUCUCCGCAUACCGGGCGUGGUGGAGUUCUCUCUCUGUCUGCUCUUUGCUAAACUGGUUAGCUACACAUUCCUCUACUGGUUACCGCUGUAUAUCGCUAAUGUUGCCCAUUUUGACCCCAAAGGAGCAGGAGACAUGUCGACACUGUUUGACGUGGGAGGAAUUGUAGGCGGCAUCGUUGCCGGGGUGAUAUCGGACUACAGCGGGGGUAGAGCUACCACCUGCUGUGUCAUGCUCAUUGUUGCUGCUCCCAUGCUGUUCCUGUAUAACCGCAUUGGGCAGAACGGAGUGCCAACCACCAUCGGUAUGCUGCUGCUCUGUGGCGCUCUGGUGAACGGCCCUUACGCCCUCAUCACCACAGCGGUGUCAGCUGACCUGGGAACCCACGAGUGUCUGAGAGGGAACUCCAGAGCACUGUCCACUGUGACGGCAAUUAUCGAUGGAACUGGAUCGAUAGGUGCUGCUGUUGGGCCUCUCUUGGCUGGACUUAUUUCUCCCACUGGUUGGAAUAAUGUCUUCUACAUGCUCAUUGUUGCUGAUGUACUAGCCUGUCUGCUGCUGUCCAGGCUGGUCUUUAAGGAGGUCCAUAGAUGGUGUGGUCACGCUGCAAGGCAGAGAGGGUGAGAAUUUCAGCUACAGCUCUCUGUCCUUCAUUGGGAGAUGGGCUGUUCAAAGAGAUCUGAGGUGCUUGCCGCACAACUGAAUAUCACACCUGCAGCGAAGAAUCAACCAACAGCCUCAAAACCCUGAUAGAACAGGCACCAUGGCCGGAUCGUCGCACAAAGCUGCGUCUUAUUAUUUAUUAUUUUUAAAUGCUAUUUGGUUUGAAUAGGGUAACGGGACACUUUCAUCUCUUUACACACCAGCAAUGACGACCAAAAACAAUUGCGGCAAUAUGGUGGGAUGAAAUGGAGUGCUGAAGGAAUGGGAGGGGCAUGGUUGAGCCCCUGUCGGAUGCAGAAUGAGGGAGAGAGAAUUUGGGUUCCCCUCUCAGC